UGGCGACGCCGACGGCCCCAGAGAGCUCCUGGGCCGGGCGCGCGGGUCUUUGUGCGCACGCGCAGCGACGUCGCCCGCUGAGGGGCCGCGCGGGCACCAGCGGUUGACUUUGCCUUUACUGGUCUGACCGGCUCGAAGGCGCGGAGCUUGCUGCUUGCGGUUUCGGCCAGACUGGGUGGCCAGCCUCGGGCUACGCAGGCGGAGAAAACGCGAGGAGGAGCUGAGGUGUCCACGGACCCGGAAGGCUCUACCCGAAAGAGGCUUUCGGCUUGAGCGGCAGGAUGGGGGCCACCUCCUCUGCCCCUGCCCCUUCCAGGGCGACCCAACCUCCCAUGCCUGAGACAGGCCGCAGCGCCUACGUACCCGGCGGAUAUGCUGUCCACAGGAAAGAGCUGGGAGUGCUCCACGAAGCUGUCUUCUUGGGUGAGCUCCAGAUUGUGCAGGAGAUCGCUCCUGCUCCUGCUCUUCCUGCACCAGGGAGUUGCUGAAUGAGACAGACAAGAAGCACAGGACUGCUCUCCAUUUGGCCUGUGCCAAAGCCAAUGCACAGAUGGUAACUUUCCUGCUGGGCAGAAAAUGUGACCUUAACCCCUGUGAUGGCAAUAACAGGACACCUCUGAUAAAGGCUGUACAAUGCCAAGCACAGGAAUGUGUCAUUCUGCUCUUAGAACAUGGUGCCGAUCCCAAUGUUGUGGAUGACUACGGCAACACUGCUCUCCACUAUGCUGCCUACAAUGGGGAUUCAUCAAUAGCAGCAAAACUAUGUGCUCAUGGUGCCACUCUUGAAAUGACAAACAAGGCUCAUCUCACACCACUUUUGCUUGGUCUGAGAGAAGGAAAUGUGGGAGUGGCAGAAUUUUUAAUAAAGGAGAAAGCAGAUGUAAAUGUGACUGAUGCCUUGAAAAGAACACCCCUCAUGCUUGCCAUACAAUGUGAAUCAUCAAGUAUAGUCAGUCUUCUUCUCCAGCAAAGUAUUGAUGUUUUUGCUAAAGAUUACCAGGGAGGACGGACUGCAGAAGAUUAUGCCGUUGCUAUUCAGUCUUAUACGUAAGUGUACCCAUUAAAAGACUAGUUGAUACUAAAUUGGGGUAUAAGAUAAUUAUAACUAUUGCAUCUUAUA